CAAACUAAGGAAAUCUAGCAACGUACACUUUUCUACAACCCAUCACCAAAAUCUCCCAAAUCAAUCCUCACCCUCCAUUCCCCUCAAUCCAACGGUCCUCUACCCCACUUAUAUCCCCAACCAUAUCCUAAUCACAAAAAUAUCACUAGUAAUACAAACUAACUUAAAAUUAAAAAAAAAAAACUUCUAACUUUGGUCUCACAACUCUCUUUCUUUGUCUCUCCGCCUCAAACAUCCAAUGGCUUCCUCUAUGGCUUUCAAGCCCUUCACCGGCCUCCGCCAAUCAACACCUUCCACCACCCAUGAAACCACCUCCUUCAAAUCCAUCAAGAUUUCCCCUAAAAUCAAGGCUAGCAUCACUAGCCCCAAGCUGUCAGGGCGCAACCUGCGGGUGGCGGUGAUAGGGGGUGGACCAGCAGGAGGGUGUGCAGCGGAGACACUAGCAAAAGGAGGGAUCGAGACGUUCUUAAUCGAGCGAAAGAUGGACAACUGCAAGCCAUGUGGUGGAGCAAUACCAUUAUGUAUGGUAGGAGAAUUCGACCUACCAUUAGACAUAAUAGACAGAAAAGUGACAAAAAUGAAGAUGAUUUCACCCUCAAAUGUGGCAGUUGACAUUGGUCGUACCCUUAAGCCGCACGAGUACAUUGGUAUGGUGCGGCGAGAGGUUCUUGAUGCUUACCUUCGUGAGAGGGCGACCGAGUCCGGUGCCACAGUUAUCAAUGGGUUGUUCUUGAAAAUGGAUAUGCCAAAAUCGUCCGAUGCUCCUUACCAGCUGCAUUACACGGCUUAUGAUGGUAAGACGGGCGGAGCUGGUGAGAAGCGGACUUUGGAAGUGGAUGCUGUGAUUGGUGCUGAUGGGGCUAAUUCCAGGGUUGCUAAGUCUAUUUCUGCUGGUGAUUACGAAUAUGCUAUUGCCUUUCAGGAACGUAUCCGGAUACCUGACUCAAAGAUGACCUAUUAUGAGGACCUAGCUGAAAUGUAUGUAGGGGAUGAUGUCUCACCAGACUUCUAUGGUUGGGUAUUCCCCAAGUGUGACCACGUAGCAGUCGGCACAGGGACUGUGACCCACAAGUCGGACAUCAAGAAGUUCCAAUCAGCAACAAGAACACGAGCCAUGGACAAGAUUGAGGGGGGCAAGAUCAUCCGAGUGGAAGCUCACCCCAUCCCUGAGCACCCUCGCCCAAAACGUGUUCAAGGGCGAGUAGCAUUGGUUGGGGAUGCUGCAGGGUAUGUGACAAAAUGCUCAGGUGAGGGGAUAUACUUUGCAGCCAAGAGCGGAAGGAUGUGUGCAGAGGCGAUUGUGGAGGGUUCUGAGAAUGGAAAGAGAUUGGUUGAUGAAGGAGACUUGAGAAAGUACUUGCAGAAGUGGGACAAGAAGUACUGGCCUACUUACAAGGUGUUGGAUGUGCUGCAGAAGGUGUUUUACCGCUCGAAUCCUGCUAGGGAAGCAUUUGUGGAGAUGUGUGCGGAUGAAUAUGUCCAGAAGAUGACUUUUGACAGUUACUUGUAUAAGACUGUGGUUCCUGGGAAUCCAUUGGAUGACUUGAAGCUUGCAGUGAGGACAGUAGGGAGUUUGGUGAGAGCGUAUGGGUUGAGAAGAGAGAUGGAGAAGAUUGAUGCUUGAGAGCCGUGAUAUUCUUCUGAUAUCAACUGCACUCUUGAUAACUUCGGUCUGGGGUGCUUCAAAAACUUGUAAUGUAAGUAGCGAAAUCUGGUUUAAUAGGAUACUCGAGUCUGAAUUUGUAAUGAAUUAUGUAUAUUUUGCAUUUUCAACUUUUAAUAUUGCUUUACUUCUCUACUGUAAAACUGUCACUGUGACAUUCAAAACCCAUUGUAUCCCUCUGUUGGGCCAAAUCUUUGUCGGGAAUUGAAUAAUGCAGGAGAUUAUCAUUCAUGGCAUCUAUCGAUAUAAGUUACAUGUAACAAUAUAGUAAUUGUCUGGAUCA